ACCGCUCUCCAUGGUGCUGAAAUAACCACUUCAUGGCAUUUUUGUGUUUUAGUAUCGUUUUGGUCUUGUAUUGAUUCCCCCACCUCGAAUGGUGAAAAACGAUGUUUUGUGACAUUAAUUCAAAUCAAUAUUAAAUAUAUUUUAGAGUCUUUCUUCUCAACAAUUUACCAUUGUGAUUACUGACAAGUCGACGUUUUUGUUUUUUUCCCCCCAGUCCAAAACCGAAGUAGCCUUCCGGGACGCAGCUGCAGCCGUAUCAGCCUGUGUCAGGGGUUUCUACUGUAGUGCUGCAUUUUAAUGUCGCCCAGGCGGGUAAAAGCUGCUGCCAGCACCGACCACGUUUGUCAUUAAUGUUCAAGAAGCAACAUGACAUCUACUAAGCAGUGGCUACUGGCCGGGUUUGCGCUUAUGUAUAUUUAUGGAACAGUUGAAUCUAAAAGGAAUUUCAAAUGUCCUUCAGGAUGCUCCUGCUCCAAGGAGACGAUCAUCUGCGUCGGUACUUCACAACAGAUCCCACGGACUGUACCGAAUGAGAUCAACUCGCUGAGCAUGGUAAAUGGAUCUAUUACUGAAAUUACAGAGGGGAUGUUUUCACUCAUGCCCUCUCUUCAGCUUUUACUUCUAAAUGCAAAUUCUUUGACCACAAUAAAAGAUGAUGCUUUCUCUGGCCUUCCACAUCUAGAAUACUUAUUCAUUGAAGGGAACAAGAUUGAAACGAUCACCAAAAAUGCCUUUCGUGGUCUGCGAGAUUUGACUCAUCUAUCACUUGCCAAUAACAAGAUGAGGUUUCUGCCAAGGGAUCUGUUUUUUGACUUGGAUUCAUUGCUGGAACUGGAUCUGCGAGGCAACUCUUUCCAGUGCAAUUGUGAGAAUAAGUGGCUGAUGACGUGGCUGAAAAACACAAAUGCCACAGUAUCAGAUGUCUUCUGCGCAGGCCCCAGUGACAUGAAGGGCAAGCGACUCAAUGACCUUCCUAUUCCACCGGGCGAGUGCAUCUCCACAGACUUUGUGCGUCAUCAGGCCAUUCCCAUUCAGUCCAUGUCAGCGGACAUCUUCUCCUUUAAAGAGGACAUCUAUGUGGCGAUGGCUGCCCCCAACUCCAACAGCUGUGUGGUCAUGGAGUGGGAUCACAUUGAAAUGAAUUUCAGAAAAUUUGACAAUAUAACAGGGAAGUCUGUUGUUGGAUGCAAGUCGGUUCUGAUCGACAACCAUGUCUUGAUAAUUGUUACCCAGCUCUUUGGUGGCUCCCAUAUUUACAAGUUUGACGAUCAGCAAAACAAGUUCACAAAGUUUCAAACUAUUGAGGUCUUUAACAUCUCAAAGCCAAAUGACAUUGAGGUCUUCAAAAUGGAAGGUGAUUGGUACUUUGUGAUUGUGGACAGCUCCAAGGCAGGUUUGUCUACUCUGUACAAGUGGACUGACCAGCCAGACCGUAAUGAAACUGGUUUCUACUCCUACCAGUUUCUCCACGAGUGGUUUCGUGAUACAGAUGCUGAGUUUGUCGAGGUGGACGGGAAGUCCUACCUCAUCUUAGCCAGUCGCUCUCAGUCACCCGUCAUCUACUUGUGGAACAAGAGUACCCUGAAGUUCAUACUCCACGGUGAAAUCCCAAAUGUUGACGACGUGGUGGCAGUCAAAGCUUUCCGGGAGGAGGGUGAGUUGUAUCUGGCCAUGACCUGCUACAUCGGUGACUCCAAAGUCCUCAAGUGGACCAAUAAGCAGUUCACUGAGGUGCAGGCUCUGCCUUCUCGAGGAGCGAUGAUCCUCCAACCUUUCACGUUCACAGACAGGCAUUACCUUGCUCUUGGCAGUGAUUAUUCUUUCACACAAAUCUACCUCUGGGAUGUGGAGACCAAAACAUUUCACAAGUUCAAGGACAUUUAUGUGCAGUCUCCCCGGUCAUUUACAGUAGUGACCACUGACCGGAGGAAUUUCAUAUUCUCCUCCAGCUUCAAGGGCAAAUCGAUGGUUUUUGAGCAUAUUAUUGUAGAUUUAAGCUUAUAAAACCUAGCAAAAUAAUGACUAAUCACAGUAUGAGUUGGUCACUCAGAUCAAUAUUGCGUGUAUGCUACUAAGGAGUCUCAAAUGCUGUAUAUCUUCCUUAUGCAACUAGAUAUAUCUUUCUUGGUUUGAGACAAACAUCUUUGGCAAGUUUCUGAAACUCACAUGCAUUUCUAGUAAUUAUGGAGGUUCAAUUGUAAACUGCUGAAAACAGCAUGAAGAUAAUUUUAUGGCAUAACAGAUAUUAUCUUAAAAGGUGUUAGCUUUUAUCUUAACUCUGUCAAGCAAACAAUGGCUGAGCCAAGGGGUGUCCAUUUUGGCCACGACUACUAUAGAUUACAACCUGGCCACCCCACACAGAUAGUAAGAAACCUAUCCAUCAAGGGUUAUAUAAAAUGUAAAGACCAUUAUAUAUGAUUCCUCAUGGUGCACCUGUAAAUUUGGUGCUCAUUUAGCAGUCACUGUUGCCACUGUGUGAAAGAAAAACUGAGAAAUAGUGACUAGUGGGCAUGUGAUCUGAUUUAAAUAUGCAUGAAACAGAGGUUUUCUUCCAAUUAUUUUCGCCAAAAACACAGCAGAAUGUAUUAACUAAAUAUUAUGAGCUUAAGCCUAACAUUUCUAACUAGAUAUUCUAUGAACAUUGUGCCUGAUAAGUGGCAAAACAAAAUAUAAUUAACUCCUGAUUCCUAUGCAAAAUGUAUAAUACUGAAUGUUGCUCUGAAUUACAAUCACAAGGUUAAUUGUGUGCUGCUAUAUGACUUGAAAUAACAUUUACAUGGUCUUAAGACACAAAUGUGUGCUCUUUUCUUUACUGAUAUUUUGAUAUUUUUCAUGUAUUGUACAGAUUUAAAUUACAGUCUGUUUGGCUUGGAAUAUAAAUCUUUUUCACGUAAAUAACAAUGGAUAUGCAAAUUAGGCCAUGGUAUUUAUAGACUUAUAAACAGCUGAAAUUCACAACAUGCUAACGUGAUCUAGCAUAAGCAAUAUGUUUUUGUUAUCAUUUCAAAUUUUCUGAGAAAAAAAUACAUUAUUGCUGUUCUAUCUAUCCUCAUGUCCUACCAAGCAACGAUGUAUAUAAAUCUUUUCCACUCUACUAACCUAAAAUAAGAUUUAGGAACUGAUCUUUUACACAAUGCUACAUCGACAACCUUCAUUCUUAUGUAAUAAUGAAUUUGUGUACAUGCAUUAAAGAACAUUUAACCACA